AGUGAUCGUGUGGGUGAGCCCAUCCCAGUUAGAGCUGCGCUACCACCACCGACAGCAGCGGGCUAAUCUUUAGCCAGUGUUGGUAACGUUACUGUAGGAGCACCGCUUGCAGAAACCAUGAUGCUCCGCCUUCGAACAACAUCAUGCAAAAUACUUAAGUGUGGGAUGCUCUUAUGCCUGUGUGUUGUGAUGUUUUCUUUCACGAUCGUAUACAAGAAAACAGAAACGCGGAGCCUAAUCUCCCGAAUACAAGACGCAGUUGAACAAACGCUUAUGCCGCGAGAAGACGACAACAUGUCUCAAGAACAACGGCACACAAUGCUCAGCAAGCGUUGCGACUCCACAAGGUUCUGGAGGCCUAAAAAGACGUUGGACUACAUCAUAAAGCGUCCAUGGUUGCUGCAGAAAUUGAUAUAUGACGACAAACACAAGCUGAUAUACUGCUAUAUUCCAAAGGUUUCUUGCACUCAGUGGAAGAAGAUGUUCGGAAUACUGACGGGAACACUCCCAAACACGUCUCUGGAGGCGAUCGACCAUGAGAAGGCUCACAUGUACUACGUGCACCGUACGCUGUCGCAGCUCUCUGAGCCCGAGAUUCGCCGCCGGCUGGAGACGUACACCUCCUUCAUGUUCGUGCGCCACCCCCUCGAGAGGAUGGUCUCCGGUUACCGAGAUAAACUCGGGCCGAAUUCGACGCACCGGUUCAGGAGGAUACAUGCAGUUGAGAUCAUGGGUCACCCAAAAAGCGACAAGGCUCGCCUAAACAAAUCUGAAACAUUGCGGUCAUCUGGUCAUUCAAAUAACCUGCCAACAAUAACAUUUGACAGAUUCGCCGCUUGGGUCGUAGCGGCGGGUCCCUUCGACUUGAACAAGGGCGAGCCCAUGGAGGGGCCUCAGAACGAGCACUGGCGUCCGAUGACAGACAUGUGUCACCCGUGCACCAUCCCGUACACGGUGCUCGGCAGGACGGCCUCCCUCGCCGAGGACGCCCGGCUCGUGCUGCGGACCGCCAACAUCACCUCGGUCAAGUUCCCCGAGGGGUACCGGUCGGCCACCCCGGGCGUCACGGAGAGCCUGGUGAGCACUGUGCCGUCGGACGGACUGCGGGGCGUGCUGCGACACUACCUGCAGGACCUGUUCCUCUUCGGGUAUCGCCCGCAGGAGGUCUUCCAGAACACAACAGCUCGUGAUGUUGUUCAGACCAUGUAUGAAGAGCUGCUGGCAGAGGCUCAGCAUGAUGUUGGGACUGAGGAUUUGGGAGCAGAAAAAGUGCCUGAUAAGUAACGCAACAAAACGAUUAGAAGCGACACGAUGUAGCGGUAAGGGCGACAGACACGUGGUAGGCUCUUAGGGGUCAAAGAUGUUGUACAACGUGCUUAUGUAGGUAUGUGUGUAUUGGUAUGCCGAAUGACGGUUAGAUGGCCCUAUCUUUUUGUAGUGCAUUUUUAUGAUUCAAGGAUUCAGCAUUCGUCUAUUGGUAACAGGUAACCUUUUCCACUAGAAGGCACAAUUCUAUUCAGAUGAAAAAGGUUGUUCGGCGCCGAGACUUCAGUGUCGCCAAGCGAAAGAUAAUUUAAACUUUGCCCGGCCAGGGGGUGAGGCAGCCCUUACCUAGGUUUUUUUCGCAGUGUAAAAAAAACGGCGACGCGUAGCGCCGCCAAAUUAAGCAUACGCUCUGGAUAUUGUUUUACACAUACGUGGAAGAUUUCAAGUCCCAGUCAUUUCAGGCCAGGUCAUCAGAUUACUCAAAAACUGGUACAAAUUCAGGGUAAAAUUGGAAAAUUUAGCUAGGAAAACGGAAUAAUAGUUUUUGCUAAUAGCGUAAGCACCGUGGCACUUUGCGUCACCAAAUUUCAGGAACUAUUUUGGGCAUUUGAGUCCCAGUAAACUCAGGUCAGGUCACGAAAGGCUAGUGGCUACGUCACUGUCCGCUAACCGCUUCCACAUGAAGGCGCCCCUCUUUCGCACCCCAUUUCUCUCAUAGGCGAUGGCGCCCCCUCGAAGGUUGGCGCCCCCUUGAAGGAUGGCGCCGGUUGCCCCCUAUGAGUUUGUCCGCACCAUUUUUCUUGCGUGGUUACGCUCCUGCACAUGGGUAGGGUAAGAUGGCCAGCUACUUUCACCGACCAACACAGCUGGUAAUAAAUACCCGAGAUAAGCCGCAUUGAUACAGUCGUUCGUUGGUCUAAGUACUUCGAAAAGGCAGUACACGAG